AUGCCGCCGACCAUUCUCACUCUGCAGAUGAUGAUCGACUACGCCGUCGAGGAAAAGUGGAAGCAGCUCGUCUUUUUCGACUGCAUCGGCAACGAUGAAUGCACGCGGCCGUACGCGCGACCCCUGCUCAACUGCCUCUUCAAAAAGGGCAUAGUAGCGAGCAUCAAGUCGCUGACCGACGCCACGGACCUGUCCAAGGUUUUGAGGAUCGAGCAGCAUCGCAUCGGCGUGAUCCUGCUCAUAGACGACAUCGACUUGAAUCUCGAGGACAACCUUUUGCGCAGGAUUAUGGUCCGGCACAAAAACAUCAGGUCUCAGGUAUUGGGCGAGUACGCCUCUUGGCUCAUUCUAAGCACCAAGUGGAACAACACUCAGAUAUUCGACGCGGUCAAGGACUGGCCUAUUGGCAUCGACAGCGACGUGUCCGUCGCCAUGUCUUUCCUCUCGGCCGACGUAAUCCUUCAAGUUUUACGACAAUUUUCCAACAACACUUGCAAAGACUUGGCGCGUUACGAGCGUAAUUACGAUUACGAUCGACUGCGCCGAAGUCAGAGCAUCGCCUCGCCCGAGUCGACCUUUGUCCAAGACACGCUGAGCGCCUCGCGCACCGUCAUGGUCUUUUACACGGCUUCGGUCUUCAAGAUUCGCGUCGACGGCAAUUCCAGCUUGGAGAAGGAGGAUUGGAACAGUUGGAGCCCCGGCAGACGAUUCACCGUAAAGGAGCGCGACCGACCCAAUCAGAGAAAGGACUUGAGACAGUACACCAUGAAUUUCGGUCUGCAAAACAGCAGUCGGUUUUACGAGAGCGACGUCGAGGCAGCGGGAAGUAGCAGCAGCGACCAAGUCCACACGAGCAGCGUCGAAACCCUUACGGAGCUUAUCAACUUGUUCGAGCGUUGCCUCAACGUUAGCGCAAAUAUCACCAACUACGUGUUUCGCGAAACGGCCCAAAUUACCAAGGAAAACAACGAUUUGGUGCGAGGCUUGACAAGUGGAGAAAUCGACAUCGGAGCUGCCUACUUCGAGGCCGAUCUCGAUCGCAACAAGCUGCUCUCUUUCAGCUAUCCGAUCGUGCACUUCAAGCGUAGCAUCUACUUCAGGCCACCGGAAACGUCGAGCAACAUAUUCCUGCAGCCGUUCAGUCCAAAGCUGCUUCUGUGCGUGCUCGGAACUCUGGUCCUCAUCGUCGCCGUCAUGGAAGUCAUCAAUUACGUGACCCUGUUCAUCCACUGGAACGAGGAUCAGGAGCACUUUGGACUCGGCGAGGCAACCCUCUGGUGCCUCAGCAUCAUGUGUAUUCAGGGCUCGCCUUGGACGCCGCGCACCCGAGCCGGCAAGACCGUUCUGCUCGUCAGCUUGAUAUUCUCCCUCAUCACCUACAACUCGUAUUCGGGCUUCAUAACUUCCAUUCUGUCCGUCAAAACUACCAUGAUCAACAACGUCAGUGACUUUUUUCAUUACGACUACGCCUUUGGUUGCAGCAAGAGCGACGAAAAUUACAUCAUCCUGAAAGAGGAGCUGCGCAAUUUUUACGUCAAAGCCCUGGAGGGCAAUCAGAUGAAGGUUCCAGAAAAAACAGGCCUCGAGAAGACCAUCAAUGGAAGUUAUGCAUUUUUCAUCGCCGAGACCGUAGCCAAGCGGAUUUUUCGCAAUGCCCUCAUGUUCAAACGCUGUCAAAUCAGUGAAUUGCAAACAAAUACGCCUGGUACUUUGGCUUUACCCAUAUCAAAUAAUAGUCCAUACAAAAAAAUCAUCAAUAUCAGCAUCUUACGCAUGUGGCAGUACGGAAUGCUGCGCAAACUCACUCUGAAGAUAAAGCCACCCCUACUGGACUGCAUGGGGGUGCUCAAGUACAAGCAGGCCCGCCUGGCAGACGUGUACGGGGCCUUCUGCAUCCUGGCGGCGGGUGCACUCGCGGCCCUGGCUUUGUUCUUCUGCGAACGGGCUUGGGCCAGUCGCCAGAGGCUGCGCGGAAUACAGCGCCGAUUCGGCAUCAGCAGGGCCCAGCCGCUCAACAAACAACCCGCGCAAGACAAGCACGAGCACAGAUCGAGGGGCAAUGUACUGCUGGCCGCCACCUUACCGAUCAAGAUCGUUGGACUCGAUCGGGAAAUAAAAACUGCCCAAGCUGAGCCACGAACCUUCGUCGAAACCCCUGGCAAAUUUCAUUGGAACACGGCGUUCAACGGCGGCACCUAG